GGGAACUUCCUGAGGUAAACAAUAUGAAAAAUAUUUACUAUUUGGAUGUCUCAACAAACAAUUUGAUUUGGGAACAUUCCUAGUUCCAUUGGGAGUUGUUCGAACUUGGAAUAUAUUAGCCUGCAACGGAAUUCCUUUAAAGGCUCCAUACCUUAAUCUAUGGCUUCCUUGAGAGGCCUUCAGCAUCUAGAUGUUUCAAGAAAUAACCUAUCAGGAUUGAUUCCAAAGGGUUUAGAAAGCUUCCUUUCUUACAAAGUUUGAAUCUCUCGUUCAAUGACAUUGAGGGUGAGGUACCAACUGAAGGAGUUUUUAGAAAUGCAAGUGCAAUAUUAGUGAUCGGAGAUACUAAACUUUGCGGGGGUGUACCAGAAUUGCAGUUGCCUGCAUGUCCUAUUAAAGUAAGGAAAUCAAGAAAGUCCCUUGCUUUCAACCUAAAAAUUGCAAUCGUAUUUAUUGUCCUACUUUUCCUCACGAUUUCAUUCUUUUUUGUUUGUUAUUGGAGGAAAAAAUCAAAAAAUAAUUCAUCUUCUAUGGUCUCAACAAUAGACCUCCUUCCAAAUGUUUCCUAUGGAAUGCUCAAUCAGGCAACUAAUGGAUUUUCUCAAGGUAAUUUAUUUGGAUCUGACAGUUUUGGCUCUGUAUAUAAAGGAGUCCUUCAUCCUAAAGAAACAUUAAUUGCUGUGAAGGUCCUUAACCUUCAACACAAGGCUGCUUCCAAUAGCUUUAUGGCUGAAUGUAAUGUCUUAAGAAAUAUUCGGCACAGGAAUCUUGUUAAGAUAUUAACAUGUAGCUCUAGCAUGGAUUAUGCUGGAAAUCAAUUCAAAGCUCUAGUCUUUGAAUUCAUGACAAAUGGGAGUUUAGAUUUAUGGUUGCAUCCGGAGAUAGACAAUGAAAAUCAAUCACGAGACUUAAGCCUUCUUCGAAGACUAAAUGUUGCAAUUGAUGUUGCUUCUGCAUUAAAUUAUCUUCACAACCAUUCUGUGCCACCAAUCAUUCAUUGUGAUUUAAAGCCUAGCAAUGUUCUUCUUGAUAAUGAUAUGGUUGCUCAUGUAAGCGAUUUUGGCUUAGCAAGGCUCCUCUCAACUGAUGAUUCUUCUCAAAAGCAGACUAGUACAAUUGGGAUAAAGGGAUCUAGUGGUUAUGCCACUCCAGGUAUUGUCUUUCAAAUUCUGUUUAAAUUUUAAAAUAUCCUAAUAGUUAUUGUUAAAAAAUUUGUUUGAAACAUAUUGAUUUUUAUUUUUAGCAAUAACCUUGUACUAUCAACAUAACACCCUCUCUCACACUACAUACUAGAAACACGCAUAAACACAAACAAUUUAUUUUAUAAAUAAAAAAUUCAAAGUA